GUGUUUUGGAGGGUCUGUAGGUGGGGCUGUUGAGCAGUGGAUGAGUGAAUGAGGGUGGAGGCAUUUGUGCUGGGCAGGUGGAGCUAUAUCCACAGACUGUCUAAGAUUCUCUUAUAGUGAAUGGGUGUUCAGUUAUAACAUGCACAGUUAUGAGGUUGUACUGAAACGCCCUUGUGGAGUGAAUACAAAAGAACCUUUCUGCAUGUGCCUGCUCUUACAUGACUACAUUUUCCUUAAUAGCUGCCUCACACACAACUUUUUGGGCUGCUCCACGUACUGCCAUAUACUGUAGCAUCAACUGAGACGUCGCGCUGUGAUCCACUGCUCAGAUCUGCCUCAUACACUGCCUGUUAUUGCUCUCACUCAGCUGCCUGUUACUGGAUCUAAGAGCCGGAGUGCAUCUGUGCCCUGCGCCGCCAGAGUUUAGAGCAUCAGUACCAGGUGUAAAAUAUGGCGGAUCCCUUACACCACCUCAAACCUAAUGCCUCUGUUGACAUUGAUGAUUACCAAGGGGAUGAUGGCUCCGCACAUAAUGACAGUUUUCCGCUAUCAUCUCUUGCAAACCUGUUCGAAAAUGAGGAAGGUUCAGCUCCCAAUGAAGGGGCCCGAAGUCCCCAUGUUCCAGAUAAUAAGCAGAACCUUAGAAUAAGGUUUCAAGGACAAUUCAGAAAAGGUAUAUCCAACCCCAGGGACCUUCUGGAAUCCACCAUUUAUGAAUCUUCUGCACCUAAAAAAGCCCCCAUGGACUCAUUGUUUGGUUAUGAAACCUAUCACCAUCACCCUACAGAAAACAGGCGGAGGCGGAAGAAAAUACUUUUAGAAAAAGAGAAUUUGAAAUCACAGGCUUCAAGUCCUGAUCCUCCGCCUCCAGUCAUAAAAUUGUUUAAUAGGCACAUCCUUUUUGACAUUGUUUCACGAGGCUGCACAGCAGAACUGGAGGGAUUCCUACCUUUCUUGUUGGCUCAGAAGAAGCGCCUGACAGAUGAAGAAUUUCGAGAAGCGUCUACAGGGAAGACUUGUUUGCCCAAAGCUCUUAUGAACCUGAACGACGGCAAAAAUGACACCAUCCCCAUGUUAAUUGACAUUGCUGAAAAAACUGGCAAUCUGCGGGAAUUUAUUAACUCACCCUUCAGAGAUGUUUACUAUAGAGGCCAAACAGCUCUUCACAUAGCCAUUGAGAGGCGCUGUAAACAUUAUGUUGAGUUGCUGGUGGAGAAAGGGGCUGAUGUUCAUGCUCAAGCCAGAGGGCGUUUCUUUCAACCAAAGGAUGAAGGUGGAUACUUUUACUUUGGUGAGCUUCCUCUUUCCCUUGCGGCUUGCACCAACCAGCCUGAUAUUGUUCACUAUUUGACGGAGAACGUUCAUAAGAAGGCAGACAUACGCCGUCAGGAUUUACGUGGUAAUACAGUUUUGCAUGCCUUGGUCGCUAUUGCAGACAACACACGGGAAAACACCAAAUUUGUCACCAAGAUGUAUGAUCUUUUGGUCAUUAAGUGUGCUAAGUUGUAUCCUGACUCUAGCUUGGAGGCAAUCUUCAACAAUGACAGCAUGUCGCCUCUCAUGAUGGCAGGAAAACUGGGAAAAAUAGGGAUAUUCCAGCAUAUCAUUCGUCUUGAAAUAAAAGAGGAAGAGGCUCGGCACCUCUCACGAAAGUUCCGAGACUGGGUAUACGGCCCUGUUUAUUCUUCUCUUUAUGACUUGUCUAUGUUGGAUACCUGUGGGGAAGAGGUUUCUGUACUGGAAAUCCUGGUUUACAACAGUAAAGUUGAGAACCGCCAUGAGAUGCUGGCAGUGGAGCCCAUAAAUGAACUUUUAAGAGACAAGUGGCGGAAGUUUGGUGCUGUUUCUUUUUACAUCAGUGUUAUUUCUUACCUCAUUGCCAUGAUCAUCUUCACGUUAAUUGCAUAUUAUCGGCCCAUGGAAGGCACACCCCCUUACCCUUACAGAACAUCAAUGGAUUACAUGCGACUUGCAGGAGAGAUCAUUACUCUGCUGACUGGGGUAGUCUUCUUCAUUACUAAUAUUAAAGACCUUUUUAUGAAGAAGUGCCCUGGAGUAAAUUCUCUAUUUAUUGAUGGAUCUUUUCAGCUGCUUUACUUCAUCUACUCUGUGCUGGUCAUUAUCACAGCGGUGCUAUAUUUCGUUGGUAUCGAAUCUUACCUGGCUGUUAUGGUGUUUGCCUUGGUCUUGGGAUGGAUGAAUGCUCUAUACUUUACGAGAGGCUUGAAGCUCACUGGGACAUACAGCAUUAUGCUUCAGAAGAUCAUAUUUAAAGAUUUGUUUCGAUUUCUGCUGGUGUACCUGCUCUUUAUGAUUGGAUAUGCAUCAGCUUUGGUGUCCUUGCUGACUCCCUGCACCGACCUGGAGAUCUGCCUUGAAGCAAAUCACAAUUGUACUGUUCCAGAAUAUCCAUCCUGCCGGGACAGCAGCACAUUCAGCAAAUUCCUGCUAGACCUCUUUAAACUGACCAUUGGGAUGGGAGACCUAGAGAUGAUCAACAGUGCCAAGUACCCUGCUGUCUUCAUCAUUCUGUUGGUGACAUACAUCAUCCUUACCUUUGUUCUCCUCCUUAACAUGUUAAUCGCUUUAAUGGGGGAGACUGUUAGUCAGGUGUCCAAAGAAAGCAAGCAGAUUUGGAAACUGCAGUGGGCUACCACAAUCCUAGAUAUAGAGAGGUCAUUUCCAGUCUGUAUGAGGAAAGCUUUCCGUUCAGGAGAAAUGGUCACAGUUGGAAAGAAUUUGGAUGGCACCCCAGAUCGGCGCUGGUGUUUUAGGGUAGAUGAGGUGAAUUGGUCCCACUGGAAUCAGAAUCUUGGUAUCAUUAACGAGGAUCCUGGCAGAAAUGACAAUUAUCAGUAUUACGGUUUCUCUCAGACUGUGGGCCGCUUAAGGAGAGAUCGAUGGUCUGUGGUGGUCCCUCGGGUGGUGGAGCUUAACAAAGCCCCCCAACAUUCAGAAGAUGUUGUGGUGCCUCUCGGACAUAUGCCACAAGUCCAGUCUUAUAACCAAAGACAGGAAAAUGCUCAGAACUGGAAACAAGAUGAAAACCACAUCUAAAUUAACGUGUCACCACGUAUAGCACUUAGCCAUAAACUCCCUCUUUGGAGGUCCAACACUAA